AUGAGUCGCUUAGGAGAUAAUUUUGGUAUUCUGUAUAUUGGUGCAGCAGCAGCAGUGUAUUUCAAGCCAGAGCAUGCUAUCUACGACUCGAGACUGCUGACCCUUAUUGCUUUGAUAUACAAUGUGUCGUUGUACCCAGCUCUGUUUACACCACUAAAACAAAUACAGACACCGCCAGAUAGACACUGGCUUAGAGGAAAUGGCGAGUCUAUCUUCAUCGAUACGCCUUUUGAACCAAUGAAGAAAUGGGCGCACAAUAUGCCAAAUGAUGGUCUGAUCCGUUAUUAUAUUGUCGGAAAUUUGGAGAGGGUCUUUCCGACGAGCACUGCCGCCUUGAGAGAGAUAUUGGUAAACAAGGCUUACGAUUUUGCUAAACCUCGAACAAUACAACAAUUCUUGUACCCCAUAGUUGGACACGGCCUUCUACUUGCAGAGGGAGAAGAGCAUAAGGUCCAACGCAAAAGCUUGAUGCCAGCGUUCUCGUACCGCCACAUCAAAGAUCUCUAUCCAAUUUUUUGGGCCAAGAGCUCAGAGAUGGUGAAAAGAAUAGAACAGGAUCUGCAGCACAGAGGGCCCGCUGAAGAUAACACGAUACAAGUCAGCAACUGGGUUGGGCGUGCAGCGCUCGAUAUCAUCGGCGUGGCGGGCAUGGACCAAGACUUUGACUCGCUACGCAACCCUUCCGGAAAAUUGAACAAGUCUUAUCACAAGGUCUUUACCAUGCCUUCCUUUGGAACAAAGAUGCUUCUGUUACUUGGCAUAAUCAUCGGCGAUAUCACAUGGGUCCAGAAAUUACCAACAAAGCGAAACAAGGACAUCCAAGAUGGAAGACAAACGAUUCGCGAUGUCGCGCGCCAAAUGAUUCGAGAAAAGAGGGAAAAUCUGAAAAAUACUGGCUCCCAGACUGGCUCCCAGACUGGCGUGGAUAUCAUCUCUGUUGCCAUAGCUGGUGACUCUACCUUCGACGAAGAAAAGCUGGUCGACCAACUCAUGACGUUCCUCGCUGCAGGCCAUGAGACCACCGCCAGCGCUAUGCAGUGGGCUGUCUACACGCUCUCCAAAAAACCAGAGAUCCAAACGCGCCUACGUGAAGAAAUCCGCGCAAAUCUGCCCUCCAUUUUUGUAGAAAGCCCGGAGCAAAUCGACGCCGUCACGAUCGACAACCUGCCUUACCUACAUGCUGUCUGCAACGAGAUCCUCCGUUUUCACCCAUCCGUGCCCAACACCAAUCGUGUCGCCCUCAAAGAUACCACUUUGGUGGGCAAGCCUAUUCCAAAAGGUACAACCAUUGUUCUAGCCCCGGAAGUCAUCAACAAACUCGAGGGGCUAUGGGGUCCAGAUGCGGCCGAGUUCAACCCCGAUCGGUUCAUGGGUCCGGGUAUGGCGAAUACGGGUGGUGCAACUAGUAACUACGCUCUUCUCACAUUUCUUCAUGGCCCUCGUGGCUGCAUCGGACAGGGUUUUGCGAAGGGUGAGCUAGCCUGUUUGCUUGCUGCUACCGUUGGUCGUUUCAAAUUUGAAUUGAAGUAUCCGGAUGCUAAGCUGGAAGUGCGGGAAGGUGCUACUCAUGCGCCUAAAGAUGGUGUUUUGGCGAAAUUUACGUCGGUGGAAGGGUGGUAA